AAAGAUCAGUGAGCAGUGGUUAUGUCACAAUGGUUUAUAUCUUAACUGAGUCAGAAAGAGGGUUUAAAAAUUUACAACAAGGGGUAUGUGGGAGGGGGGAGGGGUUUCUGACAACUGAAGUGCCAUAUUGCUUUACUUUUUAGCUACGUUUUUUUCUUUUCUUAAAAAGCCCCCACUCACUGUGCCGUUCCUCUCGUACAAAAAUACUUGAUAUCAGUAUGUAAUGCUUUUUCGAAUCAGGGGCUCGAUGGAACAAAUUCCUUUCAGUUUUUAUGAAUUAUGUAGUGCAAAUAAAAUUAAAUGAACCGUGAUAUAAAAGAAAGCCCCAGCUCUGAAACAUUUCAUAGUUAUUCAUCUGAAAGUAAUAAUUGGACAGAGAGCAGGCUAAAUGGAUUUCACAUAUACUUUUCUAGCUGCAGUUAUGUGCUUACUGGUCCCUGUGGAAGCCAGGCCAAACAGACGGAGAACUGCAACAGCCAUCAGCCUUCAGUCAUUUUUAAGAAAAGUAGACGACUGUCAAGCCGGUAAUCUUUUACAGAUUCACUUUGAUGGAGGUAGAACCCAGGCAAAAUGCGAUGGUACAUCUACAAAGAGCUUAACAACUAAAUUUACGAUUGAGGAUACCAGAGGAAAGAAAUGUAUUCAAUACACUGAUAAACAAGGCGGUAACACACGGUACUAUGCGCUGAAGGUCAUUGACAGGGCGACGGUCACGCCGGCGGUCACUUUUAUGAAUGAGCGAUGUAACUCUUCAACUGCUGAUGCGUUCUUGUUUGAUGAAGAAAGGCAACCACCUUAUAGAUAUUAUAAGAACACUAAUUUGUACCUUGGAGUAAGUAAGAACUGCACUGAUGAGAGAUUGUCUCUAAUCUGCGCUAACAUCGGUGAUAGGCGCUGUAAAUUUAGGUGGAGAUCAUGAAUCAAUUAAUCAAACGAUCGGUCACGACCGAUCGCUCAUUGAAUCAAUGAAUCAGAGAAUAAAUAAAUAUAAUAAGUAUAAUUACUCAGAUGAUUAUAGAAAUUCUCGCGCUCUCAUUGGUCGAGAAUGGCGUCAUAUUCCGCUAUACUUUCACCCCCUCCUCUAAUUUUCAAAAUGGCCGCCUCGCGCUUUCUCAAUGUCUCUGAAAAAGAAAUUAAGAUAAGGAAAGAAAAUGCUAUUCCGAGAAACACCAAAAAUACAGCUGAAACUUUGGACUGACACUUUUCAAAGGUAAGAUGUGAAAAUUGUGCUAAAUAUAACAUAGAAACCUUUUUAAAUUUACUUGAAAAUGUCGCUUAUGUCGAUAUACACGAGUAAAUCAAAGCAACUAUUAAAUUUUCACGACUCUUCAGUUAUUUACUUUAUUUAUCUGACAGGAUGGUUUCAACAACAAACCGAAUUUACCACUGACUUUGAGACAAUUUGAGCCUCCCUUUUGCUUUUUCUUAGAGGCCGGACGUUUUAAAAUGGGCGAAAAACACUUGCCGUUUUGACAAUAUGAUGUAUUAAACUAUGGGAUCUGUACCUGUAGUUGUUCGUUGACGCAUGACAAUAAGAAAUAAAAUUUAACAUUUUUCGAUCGAUCCUUUACUUAGGUAUUUCUAUAGUCACCUGAGUAAUUGUAUUAAAACUUCGGCGAAUAAUUGUUAAAGAUAAAUAAAUUAAUAUAAGCUUGAAGCAAAAGUUCAUAGUAAUCAGAUUCAUAAUAUCGUUUUGAGAAAAUAGGUCAUCAAACUUAUUGAUAAUUCAUCAAGUUAAAACAAAGAAAAUCACAGCCCUUGGGGAGGUUUGGA